GUAUGAAAAGCACAAGUCAAUUGAGGGAGGAGACACAAUAAAUGAGAGAAUGAUAACACUCAUCAUCGUCAAGUCGUUUUUCAUUGUCUACUCCCAAUGAUCCCCCAAUCCCUCCAGAAUUCCACGCUUCUCUCUCUCCCUCCUUUAUCUUUCUACCUUUGUCUUCUCUGUUCUCUCAAUACCCUAUUCGCCCUAGUCAGCCUCACUGUUCUCUCUCUCUCUCUGAAAGCCUAAACAAAUACCCACAAAAAAUUUCAACUUCUUUUAGCAUCAAUACAUACCAUAUAUAAACCAUAGCUACUCUCUUUGUUACAAAAGGUGGGGGAUUUUCAACUUUUCUUAAAAUUUCACCUCUUCAUUUCUUCUUCUUUCGUACACCCAUUGCACAUUAGUGCUUCAAGAGAUGUGGACGAUGGGUUACAACGACAAUGCUCAUGAGUUCAUUACACCAGAUUCUUAUGGGAGAAAAUUUAGGCCACUUAUUCCAAGGCCAGUCAUGCCCUCUACAAACAACAACUCCCCUACCCAUAUCAACGGCACAGAUUUUAAUUUUGCACACAAUCAUCAUCUGGCAACAAUGGGUGAUCAAAGCAAGAGACUAGAGUUCAAUGCACAACAAGUUGUUGUGAGCUCAAGAUGGAAUCCAACACCAGAGCAGUUGAGAACUCUUGAGGAUUUGUAUCGGCGAGGGACUCGAACUCCAUCUGCGGACCAAAUCCAACACAUCACUGCAGAGCUUAGGAGGUAUGGGAAAAUUGAAGGGAAGAAUGUGUUCUAUUGGUUUCAGAAUCACAAAGCCAGAGAGAGACAGAAGCGACGCCGUCAAACAGAAUCUAGUCCUGGAGAACAAGCACAACGUGACAUUGAAGCCUUGGAAACCAGAUAUUCUGGGGGAAAUAGGACAAAUCAUGAAGUUGAACAGAUCAAGAACUGGACACCUUCUACAGACUGCAGUACACUACCAGAGCAGUCCAUUUCAAUACAAAGGGCAGCAAAAGCAACGACAACAAUAGCAGAAUCAUGUAUAGCUGUAGAUCGCCAUGGUGUUUGGAUCCCAUUUGACGGUGAGGAUCAAUUACAGCAGCAGAGGAGGAACUUCAUUAAUAUGGAGAGGAAUGCCACGUGGCAGAUGAUGCAGUUGUCUUGUAGUACUAAUCACCUCAUAGAGGCUAGUAGCACUGCCAACCCUACUCCUCCUCCUGCUAGUGCUAACACUGCCGUGUCAGCGGUAAUAGCUCCAGCAAUAUUAAGCAGAAUGGACCGAAAGUAUAGCUUGUUUAAGUCUCAUGAUAAAUCAAACAUCUUUAAGGCUGACUAUGACUUGAACAGCAGAAGAACCGCCUGCGAUGAAGAAGAUCAUGAAAAUGGAUUUGGGGAGUCCCAAACCCUUGAAUUGUUUCCACUUCAAAGCAGCAAUAACAGAGACAGCAUGACUAGUAAAGAGAAAGAGUCAACUCAUGAGGAGCUAACCAUGAAUGCAAAUUUGACAUCUUACCAGUUUUUUGAGUUUCUCCCACUGAAGAACUAG